AUGGCCAGUCAAUUCGAUGUUACCGUUAGGAGCCAAGGCAUAUGCAUGGACAGUCAUCGUUGGGUCAUCACCAACAAACCAUCUCAAAUAUCCAUCGUCGUUGUCGUUCAGGUACUCGUAGGCGUAUUUUUGGAAGCGGUGUGUGGAGUUUCCAAACUGGUACCAGGUUGUGUUCAAUGUUGUUGUUGCCGAAAGAGCCUGUUGAUAAGGUCCACCGGUAUAUGUGUUGACGGAGGUGACAGAAGCAUUGUAAAUUUCCACAAAGUUGUAAUCUGGGUAAUACCAAAUAUCCAUAGGAGCCAGCUGAAGAGACUGAGAAGCAACACCGUUUCCGGCGGUAGUGUCGACUUCACCUUCAAUGAUAUCGAUUUCAGGCGCGCCUCUUCCAACACCUUGGUUAGGAUGGUCCUCGCCGUUACAGACACCUUCGGUGGUAGCCAUGUAUCCUGGACGACCAAGAUUACCCAUAGACCACAUACCUGGCCACAGUCCACUGACGUUACCGUAGUUUGGGAAUUUAGCAGAAACUUCCAUAACACCUUGGGUAAAGCACAUUCUGUUCCAGGAGUGAAGCAUACCGGAUCUGUAGAACAGGUUGUGGUUCUUGAAGGCGUCCAUACGAAGCUGCAAAGUACCGUUGGAGGUGGUCACAGCGUCGGGGUCGUACCAUUCAAGAUCCUGAGUAGCGGCGUAAUGGAAAUCAGGAGCGUACCAGAACUGGUCAUCACCAUCGUAGAAAGUACGUCCCUCAGCAGCAAAUUCAUCACUGAAAACGAGAGACCACAAACUACCAUCCUUUGCUUUUCUGGUCUUUGCGCUGUCUGGAGUGUCACUGUCGACCAAAGAUGUUCUAAUGGCACUGAGCUGUGGAUACACGUAUUCCGACAACACGGUGUAUGUAUCAUGAUAAGGCUUGCUGUCCAAGUGGUCGGUAACUCCUGUGAAGGUAAGAGCGGGCCAGACAACGAAAAGACAUAA